CAAAUCGAGUAAAAUAACAUUGACAGACUAUAAAAAUAAAACAGAAGAAAACAAAAGUAGAUAAUGAAAGUAAAUGGACGUCAAGAGAAUUGCCACUUGGUGAAUCCAGGUGUCAACAAAGCAAUAUAGCUGAAGAGUGAUAAUGGAAGCAGGCCUGCUCACAACUAUGGCACGGAACCUCCUCCUUCAAUCUCAGAUCAAAUACUUAUGCUCAUCCCAUCCAAAGUCAAACAUCACGUUCCUGAAACAAUCCUCCAAGCGAUGGCAGCACACAAGAGCAGAACCCCGAGAAUCGAAAGGUGUGAUGAAGGCCUGGCAGAUCAGGCGGUAUGGUGGAAAUGAAGAAUUAACGUGGUCGGAAUCAGUGAGGGUCCCUCGAAUCCUCCACCCAGACGAUAUCCUUGUCUCUGUGAAUGCUGCCAGUCUGAACAUGCUGGACAUCAGAAUGAGAGAGGGUUAUGGUCGAGCAAUGUUAAACGCUGUAAGGAACAAAGAACGGCUCCAUGCUCCUCAGUCUGAGUUUCCUCUGAUCCUUGGAAGGGACUUUUCUGGAACUAUACUCAAAACAGGAAUGAAAGUAAAACGAUUCAAAUCUGGCGACAAGAUUUGGGGCACAGUAUCCCCAUUCAGGCAGGGGUCACAUGCUGAAUUAACAGUUACAUCAGAGUCACAUAUUUCAAAGAUUCCCACCAAUCUCACUGAUGUUGAGGCUGCCUCUUUGCCAUAUGUGGUUUCCACGGUGAUGACAGCCCUGUGUGAUGUUGGGGAAUUAAAAGAGAACAACACAGCUAGUAAAAGAGUGCUGAUAUAUGGUGGGUCUGGAGGAAUUGGGACUUUUGCCAUUCAGCUGAUGAAGGCUUGGGGGGCCAUAGUAACAACGACUUGUUCCACUGAUGCCGUUACCAUGGUUUCCUCCCUUGGAGCUGAUCAUGUGAUUGACUACAAAACACAGAACGUCCAGCAGGAGUUGAUGAACAUGAAAGGGUAUGACCUCAUUCUAGAUAUCCAUGGAGGAGUAGAUUUUUCAUUUGACCUACUUAAGAAGUGGAACAACUCCAAGUUUGUGACAAUAAAGACACCAUUUUUACAGAAUGCGGAUGAUUAUGGGAUUGUGCCUGGUCUACUGCGAUCAGGUGCCAGUCUGACAGCCAAUGUAUUACAGGGAUUUAAAGAUGGUCGGAGUUACAGAUGGGCCAUGUUCAAGCCAAGCAGUAACCAUCUGUUAACAGUAAAGAAGAUGAUAGAGAGAGAUGAGAUUAGACCUGUCCUAGACAGUGAGUUUUCUUUCAAGGAAGCAGACAAAGCUUACAAUAAGAUAGAGGAGGGUCACGCUAGAGGGAAGAUUGUUCUCAACAUGCAGAGGGAAGAUCAUCCCUAAAGUGCAAAGUGAAGAUCAUCC